AUGGAGGGCACUGUGCAGCGAGGUGGUGAUGACGGCCCUUCGCAUAUGACGAUUGCUGUGCGGGCUGUUGUGCUGGCUCUGGCGAUUCCCACCACUCUGGUCUGCGUAUUGCGGCUGUACCUGCGCAAGUUCGUGACCAAGCAGUUUGGUCUGGACGACUGGCUCGUUCUCCUCGCGCUGAUCGGUGUGGACUUGUUCUCCGCCCUGGCCUACACAAUCACAUACUACGGGCUGGGCGAACCCUUGGGAAAGGUGUCCGCCGACCAGCUCGUAGUCUUCCUCACCCUCGAAUAUGCCUCGCAGUGCGCCUACUUGGUCAUCGCCGCCACCGUGAAGGCCAGCCUUCUCCUCUUCAUCAUGCGUCUCUUCCCCACGCGCUCCGUCCACCUCGUCGGACGGGGUCUGCUAUGGCUCAUCGCCGCCUUCACCCUCUCCGGCACGCUGGCGCUGGUCUUCCAAUGCCGUCCCGUGCGCGCCGCCUACGACAAGACCGUCGCCGACGCCACCUGCUACCCGACGCAAACCUCGUACGCCAUCCUGAUGAUGCAGGGGGUCACCAUGUUCGUGCUGGACGUGAUCAUCCUGGGGCUGCCCAUGCCGUCCAUCUGGAAGCUGCAGAUGCCCAUCCAGAAGCGGCUGUGGGUGUUGGGCCUGUUGGGGAUCGGCUUCACGGCCUGUGUGGCGGCGCUGGUGCGCUUCUCCACCUUGAAGUUCGCCAACGACACCACCAAUUUUACCUAUUCCGCCUCCAUGUCCCUCAUCUGGAUGGAGGUCGAAUUCAACCUGGGGCUGAUGUCCGGCUCCCUGUCCUCGCUGCGGAAGCUGUGGGGGCUGCGCUGGUUGGGGUCGUCGACUCGUGACACGCAUGAUGAUUCCAGACAGUCGAUGCACUUGGAUUUGGCCCCGCGCAGCUGGGGCCACCGGGGGAUCACCAAGCGGACGGAGAUUUUGAGGGUGGUGGAGACGAAUGGGAGUCAGGAGCCGAUUACGUCUACCUAG